AUGGCACUUAAUAAGCGGCUAGCGGGACGAGAGCUAACUGUUAUGCAGUUACAAAUAUUUAAGCAAUACAAACGUGGUUUCAGUAACCGAAAUCUUCUCUGUCCCCUCUGUGGAUUGGACCUUCGAACAAACAACCUAGUAAAUAGACGUAGUUGGAAGGUACCAAAUGAUGAAAACACUUCGGAGGUUAAGCAGGUAGUGGCAUUUCAUUGUCAUCAUGCGUUUCAUGAAAGGUGUCUCAAGAAUCGUCUACAUAGCGGCAAAACACAUGUGACUAGCGCUCAGUCUUCGUCAUGUUCAAUUUGUCGACCUGCAAAUGCAAAUGAAUCCAAACAGCCUACUAUUUUAGACCCAAACUACUCUACACAUAAUUCACGUAAAGCUACAUAA